AUGCAGGUGCAGCUGGGACAAGCAGAUAUAAAAUGCCCGAUCACAGAGUGCAGCGAACACCUGGAUGAAACAACUGUCCUCUAUAACCUGCCCCACGAGGACAUUAUCAAGUAUAAAUAUUUCCUGGAACUCAGCCGCAUCGACUCCAGCACGAAGCCAUGCCCUCAGUGCAAGCACUUUACAACCUUCCGGAGGAGAGGCCACAUUCCUACCCCUGCCAAAUUGGAGAACAAAUACAAAAUCCAGUGUCCAUCUUGCCAAUUUGUCUGGUGUUUCAAGUGCCACUCUCCCUGGCAUGAAGGUGUUAACUGCAAGGAGUACAAAAAGGGAGACAAGCUGUUGCGUCACUGGGCCAAUGAGAUUGAGCAUGGGCAGAGGAAUGCCCAGAAGUGUCCAAAAUGCAAGAUCCACAUCCAGAGAACAGAAGGGUGUGACCACAUGACCUGUUCCCAGUGUAACACUAAUUUCUGUUACCGCUGUGGGGAGAGAUACCGCCAGCUCCGUUUCUUUGGAGAUCACACGUCAAACCUCAGUAUCUUUGGAUGCAAAUACCGCUACCUCCCCGAGAGACCACACUUGAGGAGAUUAGUGCGAGGCUCUGUCUGUGCUGGAAAACUACUCAUUACACCCCUAAUACUGAUUCUGGGACUGGCACUGGGAGCCGUAGCUGUUGUAGUAGGUUUAUUUGUGUUUCCUAUCUAUUGCCUUUGUAAAAAGCAGAGGAAGAGGUCACGGACAGGUAUGCCCUGGUGAGGAUGGGCCAUACUCACUGAACUGAGCUGGUCCUGCAAAGGGCUAUACAUGGUUUAUGCAGCAGAGCAAUACAGUGCUGGUAGCGGCAUUGCAGCCAUCGCCCUGGAGGAAGAGUGGGGGAUCUCCAGCCAUCUUCUCUCAGCUGAAACACUACUGCAGACCAGAAAGCCUCUUUGCUGUGGUGCACUCUGAACAGGAUGGGCCCCCUGACUGCUGCUUUUAAAAUAUUUUUUCUAUUAUUAUUACUUUGAAGGGUUUUUUUGGAAGAUUUAAGUCUAAGAUCUUGGACUAGACAAUCAAAGUCUGUAUUUUAGCCACAACUCUACUACCGAUUUGGCCUGUGAAGAAAUCAUUUAACUGCUAAUGUGUACCAUUUAACUUCAGUGUUCGCCUUUAAGGGGGAAAUGCUUAGAAGUGUUUGGACUCUUACUGUAUACUGAGCGUACUACUUUUGGUAUUAAAAACUACUUCUGUAAAUAACUUCCAUCACACAGCAUUCUGUUCAGCAUACCAAAACCCCAUCACAUGCCAGAACAUGACAGCUGGUUGUCUUCUGAGUUGUCCUACUUGAGGGCAAGAGUGUAGAUUGCGUUUGUGCAGCACGGAUUGCCACAGCCAAAUAACAGUGCCUCAGAAAUAUUAUUACUGUUAUUGAAACUCCAUGAUACUUACAAAUAUGCUGAUUGGUUUUGCUUUUGUAUUUAAUUUUUGAAAGCCCAUUAAUACCGAUUAGAAGUUGAGUUUGCCAGAGAAGUACAGCAUUUUGAAACUCUCUCAGUACAAGAAAAGAUUUGAAGGGUUUAGAUAACAAGAAGUAACUUGAGAUAGAACAGGCCAUUGAUAUCCACUGAAAUGUGACACAGAACAUACAAGGAAAUGAAUUUGCAGGGAAGCUGGAAACCUGUUCUGAACUGGCAUAUAGUACACAGGCUACACGCUAGUUGUGUGUAGAAGAUUGACUUAAUGAAAUUCUAUAACCUAAAUAGCAUGUACAUUUGCUUUGUAAGUAGCCUACGUAAGUCUUAGAGCAUCCACUGGUGUUUCAUGAAGAAAAUUUAUGAAUUCUGGUUAAAGGAAGGGAUCAUUAAUUAUUAGGAGACCAUUUCAUUCUUAUUCUCUACUUCCAGUGUCACUGUUCCUGGUGUGUUACAGAUCUGAAGAGAAUAGCAAUCCAUGGCCUUUAUUCCUGAACUUCAGAGUGCCUCUGUUUGUCACUAGACUUCUUUCUCAGCACAUCACCACAAGGGCAAUGUAAUUUGGAGUUGAGACUCAGUUUUUCCUUUCUAGUUAUAAUCCAAGUGUAUCGUACAAAUGCAACUUAAAAGAAAAAAAAUGAAAUAAGUUGUGUUAGCAGAACACUGAUACACCAAAGUGAGAAAAUUAGAAAAAUACCUACUUAUAUUAAAGAAAGCUGUGAUCUUGAAGAUUAGAUCUGUAGUGUGAAGGUACUUUUUUUAAUGUUUGAAGAUGUGUAUAUAUGUGUGUAUAUGGAUGCAUAUUUAUGUGGGAGAGGGGAAAGGGAGAUAAUCAGUGUCCUAAGUCUACAGACCUCAAAAUUUACACUCAGAAAUAACGUAUCUUUUGAGAGGAUUUACUUUGUACCUCCUUCUAUGAAAGUUAUUACGUCUGAAUCUGGUUGUAACUUUUAAGUAAAAGUCCACUUCCCCACCAACAUAAUACUCUAUUAUCAUAAAAUAUUCACUCUGACUUCAAAGCCUCAGUGGAUGAAUGAUGAAUUCUGUUUACUUGGAAACACAAAUAUCAGCUUACCAUAGUUGGCUAGUAUGUGUCUUUUCAGUCAGCUUCUGGUUUUGUUUCCUUGUUCCUUUUUCUUCCCUUGUUGAAACCGUGCGCGCAAGCAUACCGUGACAGUCAACAGUACUUAAUUUUUCUGUUUGAAUUUAAGGACAUGUUGACCCUGUUGUCCUAUCAGUUGAAAUAGUACCUUUGUAAGAUGCAUUAAUUGAGCUGGGUAGCAAUGACAUUUAGAAGUAAUGUUCAAAUACUAUUCUCAAUGCAAAUGCACCUGCUAAUUAGAUUUCUUCUUCUGUAACACAUCAGUUUUCUAUUUCUCUUUUAUCUGCAGGUUGGAAGCUGCCUUAAAAUCAAGUCUUGGUUUUGAGUGUUUUCUGAGGCCAUACAUAUCAGUUGUCUUUGGCUUACUCAGGGAUUCUUAUUCCUUUGUUUAAAUGUCAAAUAAUGAAAAUAUUUUUGUAUUAUUUAGAAAACUUCAGACCUCGGAGAGUGAGAGAUGCAUUUAUAUAUAUAUAAAUAGAUUUGGUUUUGCAAUACAGUCUGUAAUACCAUGUCAAACUAUUCCACUUGAGAAUGUUUUAGUACUUGAGGUUAUCAGUAACUAUACAGUGUGUUAAUUUCCUUUCUUUUCCUGAUUCCUUGUAAACUAUGUGAGAUAUUCUUGCUGUCGUCUUAGCUGUGUUCUCUCUGCUGUUCACUAUUUUCAGUUUCUCUGAGUUCAGUAAGAUCUGAAAUUAAAAUGCUAGAAUAAAGAGCAUAAAGAGAAGAAAUAGAUCUGCAUUUACUUUACAUUCAAAAAGAAUGUUACAAGUGGAGGGGAAAGCAUACAUCUCAACUCCUACAUUAUAAUUUAAUUCAAACCAUUUGGAUCUUAUCAGAACAGAUUAAUCAAAGCAGUUUUUUUUUUUUUUUACAUGCAGCAAAACUAGGCAUAUUCGACCAUUUAAAGAUGAGAGAGUCUAAUCUCCAUUUCUUUGCAGAGAAAAAAUAGGAAUGACAGUAUUUGCUUUCCUCUGUAGAUGAGGAAAAAAAACACAGGAGCCAGGCAGAGUAAGGAUACAGAAGUCUUUCUAUCCAUAUAAAAAUAUGGCCAUUUGAAUAAUAUGUAACAAUUUUUCAUUAAUAUUGUGCAGCACAGUAACUUCAUCCAAUGAAAUGUAAAUUUUAAACAACUAUUCUCAUUGUACAAAAUCUUACAUUACAUCAAAGUCAUAUCAUUUAUUUUACAGUCAUUAAUUUCCAUUUCUAAGGAAAUGGAGUGAACGUAGUUGUGAGGAAUUUAAAAGACGCUUUUCUUUCAGGACAUCAAGAAGUUUUGGCUUUAACUGUACUCUUAAGAAACCAUCAGACUGUUCUGUUACAUCUCUAUUAGCAGGAAAUACCAUCAGGCAGUCAGGUUAACCUGCUAAAGUAGAUGCUAUUGUAUGCUGAGUAUCCAGAUUGCUUUCACCAUAUUCAGGAUUAUUUAUUCUUCUAAGAAGUGCUUGCUCACCAAUAUCUGUAUUCGGAUUAAGUGCUUAUAUCUGUUCUAUGUGAGCUGUAUUUCUAAGCUGUCUGGAAAUUGUUAUGUUAAUGUACUGAGGCUCUUUUGUGCUGGGUCAGAGCUGGGUGCCCUGCAGAGGCUCCAGGCUGAGCAGAGCUCUGCUGGCUUCUGCUGGGGCAGAGGCCUCUGGGUUGUGCCAGUUGCAAGGGACUGCUUGCAGUUCAGGCUGAAGCUGCUUUUUACUUUGACCCAUCAUCUUUCCCUGCAUUUAGAUAACCUGGACGGAGGUGCAGAUCUUCAACAGCACUGGCCUUCCCUGAAGGUGUGUGGCCUUUGCGGACACCUUUCUCUGCUAUCUUUGUAGGAACUGUCAGUAAUUGCACCCACUACUGCUCAAAAUGUCUUUCUUGUUCUUGAUCUUCAGAUGAGACUGAAGUAACAAGAGUUGUUCUAGCUGUGUGUCACUCUACCCUUUCAUGUACUUCAUGUCUUCACAUUACCUCCUGUUUCCAGAUCAGCUAUUUUCAGGUUAGUAUGGCAUCCUCGGAGCUGCUAGAGCCCUUCACUAUUUCCAGUUAUGGAUUCAAACUGGCCACUCCAGGUAUGUGCUCCACGUGUUGAGUGCAUCUGUAUGGCCAAAUAAAUGCUUUUUUUGUGCAGAUCUAUUGAGUUCUGGUUUUUUUCAUGCUGUCUUUUUUGUUUCCUCCUUUUCCUCCAUGCUGCUCUUCAGCUCUUGAGAUUUCAUUAAUUGGGUCAAGUUUCAGGGCUGCUUAACCAUAUCAGUGCCAGGGUCUUUUUUGCCUGCUGUGGCCUUUCUGAAUGUAGUUGUGUAUUGACAGAGCUCACACAGGAUAUGUAACUGGAAAAUAAUGGUAUGGUUCUUUUUUGUAAAUAUAUUUGCCAAUGAAAGUAAGAAACGGGUGGAUACAAAUGAGAGGCAAAAGUGCAGUUUGGAGUAGCCCUGUGCUCUGAAAGACCCAUCAAUUUUAGUUUUGCACAAAAAAAUAGUUUGUUCUCAAUUCUCAUCACCUUUAUAAACAGUCGUAAUCUUUCAAGUGUCAUUAAAAUGCAGUGCACUUUGAUCUUUUAUCUUUCUCUGGGGCAGUGCAAAUGUGUGGAAGGGAGCAUUUUUAUUUUUGUUAGUACUGCUCACUUCGUAACUCUUCCUGGUAUGAUAGCUUUUUUAUUAUUAUUUACAUAUAUUUAUUGGUUUUGACCAAUAUCAAGUUGUACUUACUAAAAUAUAUUAAUUAGCCUGUGUGACAUUCAGUGGUAUAUAGAAAGAACAAUAAUUCUGUCAGAGGAUACAAAUUCCCUACUGAUAGAAUGGUUUCUCUUGCCAGUUAGAUCUGAGAAACCAUUUCAUGUUCAAUGGCCAAACAAUUUGCCAUGCAGACUCUUUUUUUUUUUUUUUAAAAUUAGUUGUGUUAGUUUGCUUCCUGAGUAGACACUGCAUCAGCCCUAAUUCUUGAUAUGAUAAUUAUGGCGUAGUGCCAAGCUGUGGUGGAGAACUAUAGAUUACUGUUAUUUUAUAAUCUAUAUUCACCUCUGUUCAUUUUGCUGGUGGAAAGAAUCAUACACAAGGGAACUAGAGAUACAAUUUAUUUGUGUCUUCUAAUUUUGUAGUGGGUCUGCUCCUGACAUCAGCCUUAGCCCUGUUAAACCAGAAGUUUUAUACGCAUUUUUUGCCAGCCCAGGAUUUGGCCAAAAUGCCUUGGUAUUCCAAAAUACUAGCAAGAAUGUUAAUAGCCAUAAUUGACAACCAUUAUGUGGCAACUUGAAAAUCUGGUUUAUUUCUGAAAUGCAAGCUAUCAUAAAGCCCAUCCUGUCACUCACAGAACAAUACUACUAGUCAACUAUAAGGAAGAUUGUCCAAAUAGCAUUCUUACUAAAGCAAAUAGGGGAGUGAACGUAAGCUUUUAUAUGAGAGGGAUCUUAAUGAUUUGAGUUAUCAGUAACAAAAACAGUGUCCACAGACAGUGUUAAAUAAUACAUUUUAAAAUUCUGCUAUAACAAGUGUAAGCAUGGUGUAAGAAUUGGAGUUACAGCUGUUUAACGUUUUUCAGGCUUAACACAUAGAAAAGAAGGUGCAUGUAUUUAACAAGUUAUUUUACUAGUAUAUUUGCUGGCUUUUCAUACUACUGUUACAUGAAAAACAGCUGAGCCUUGGUUCAGCUGCAAGACUAGCAGUGUAGUCACUGAAGCUGGCACAUUGCUAACAGAUUUUUUUAAAUUAAAAUAAGCAAACAAAUGUUGAUUGUGACAGUUACACAGGAGUAUAACUUCCUUGCUGUUUUUUCCAUAUUCUGUGCACAUGGGCUCAGGAUCUGUACGCUUGCUCUCCAGUAAGGAUUGGAGUGCUCAUUCCUUUAGUGCAACUAGUCGCUGAUGCUCUUAGCCUAGUGAAAUGGCAUUAGGUAGAGAAAUGAAAUCAGUGUGUGCUUGAUUUCAACAGUGAUGAUUUGUAGUAGGCUUUAAUUAGUUAUUCCCUAGUUUAAAAAAAAAAACAAAAAACGUAAAUUUCUAAGAAUAAUUCAAAUUGUUCACUUCUCAAUACCUAUUUUUUAUUAAAAAAUAGGUAUAAUAGUAAUUAGUGUAUUAAGAAUGUAUAUUUGUGUGGAAGAAGUCUUUUUUUGAGCUUAGUCGACUUAUCAAAACAUGAAAAGUAGAUCUCAAAUGUGUUGUGUGGAUUGAAGUCCAAAGAGGAGAAAUUUAUUAUGUAAAAAAAAAAAAAACUUGUUUAGUAUAAAGUGGAUUUUGCACAUACCUGCUUGAACACUGUUGCAUGCUAGACCUAUUCAGUGUUUUAUCUUGCUGAAAACUUGACAAAGUUAAAACAGUAUUGUUCCAAUUUUAUCCUUCUGUUACUGAGCAUGAUAUUACUAAUACAAUGCCACAUUUACCUCAUUUUUGGAAUGAAAAUCUACUCACAGAAUCCAAACAAGCUGUUCACACAUUUUGAGUCUGUCUUGUAAAAGCGCUGAUGCAGUCAAGAAACAUUUUUCUUUUAUGUCUUAAAUUGAGGUAUUAGGAAACAUUGCUUUAGCAUGAGGGUGGUCAUACCCUGGAACAGGCUUCCGAGAAAGGUGGCUGAUGCUCUGUGCCUGUUCAAGUGGCAUUUGGACAAUGCCCUCAACAACAUGAUGUACCUUUUGGUUAGCUCUGAAGCAAUGGGGAAUUGGGGCUCUGUAGGUCCCUUCCAACUGAACUUUUCUAUUCUUAUGCAAGCUGUGGAUAAGGAGAUCUUUUUGCAUAAAAACACGCUAUAAAGAGUUCUUUGAAUCAAUUUACACUAUGUUGCUUCAUGUCCAGAAAUUACAAGAACAGGUGUAGAUUAUUCCAUAUCGCUAUUUUACCGAUCUCAUAAUAAAACGAGAUUUCCACUGUUUACCAUAUUUCCAUUAAUUCUACACUUGAUUUCUAACUCCUUUUCCUUCCUAAUUUCAUAAUCUGAAACUAACUUCUGGAAAUGGCUGAGGACAAAAUUGGAUCUUAGGAAAUGAUCACAUAAGAUUUUGCUGAACUAUACUGGGAAAAGAUUAUUUCUGUUGUAUUUAUUUAAAUGCAAACUACUGAAAUCUCUUCUUUACGGCUUUUCAUUUUGCAUUCUUUCAAUUAGACAACCUUUUUUGUUACAGAACUAACCAUCUGAGUCCAAAUAACCCUUUAAGAUAUCUGUUGAAAAUUAUCUUGCCUGUGGUAGAGAUGAGAAUUAACAAUAAGUGCUGAGAAAAAGAAAGUAUCUUCUGUUUCUGAGAAGGCUGUCAAAGCUGAGCUCCGUCUUAAUUUCUCAACGAGCUGAUAAGAAAUUUUCUCUUUUUCCCAUUUCUUUCUCUAUUUUAAUGUCAAAAAUUCCCUUUAAGUUUAAUCUGAGUGCUGGGAUGCAAAGUUAGUAAAAUGAUAGGUCGUAUCUUUUUUAGUCUAGCUGUUUCUGGCACAUGUAGAAUGCUAGACAAAAUUCAGUUUCGUUAAUAAAGAAAUUUUUAAUUCCAUAUUUGAGCUGCAUAAAAUCUACGUGCAUUUGUGGUUAGAACUUUCUGCAUGACUAAGAGUAAGGUUAUAAAAACUGGAGGCAGGUAAUAUCCAUGUAAUCAACACUUGAAUUCCAGUAUUGUGUGUUUUGUAUGAGAAAAAUUUUGAAUGUGUAAGUGCCUUAUUGCUUGAAACAAAUGAAAAGUGUUCUCCACCCUCCCCCUGAUAGAACAGAAAUUCCAUAUUGCUAAGUAGUCAGUCCUACACACAGAUGUGUUAAGCCAGACUAAAUACUGGCUUGCUAGGUUGAAGAACAUUGUUAGUGAACAAGUUAUUGUUUCAGGAAUGAUAAUGACAUACCUAUUUUAAUUCUACUGAUCUUAAUUUCAGUUUUUUCUAACUUCCUAUUCAUCUUCAGACUUCUGUGGAAAUGCAUCUUGUAUUUGUUGUCAGAAUGAGUUUGGUCUUCCAGCAUAAUCAGCUAGGCAUCUUCAACUACUAAAAGAACAAGCAUCUCUUUGGAGAUGAGAAUUCAACUGAAUUUAGGUUAUACCAGAGCUGUAGUAUGUACACCUUCAGUCUCCAGGGCUUGUGAAGAUGGAAGUACUGAGGAGCAUGGGGCACAGGGAUGCACUGUGGAUAGUUUGGGACUUGGGGCAGUUUAACAGCAUUUCAGUGGUAUCCUAUUUGAGCUAACGUAUCCUGUUAAUAUAAGUUGGUAAUUCAUCUGGGGUAGGUACGUUGAUGGUUUGGUCCAUUAGAGUGGAUAGUGAUGCCUAGUGGAGCAACUCUUGGAUCUCUGUUCUGCCCUUCACUGCAAGGGGGGAUGCGUGAUCUGCAGAAUACCAUUCAUUACUCCAUCUUUAGAAACCUUCAGAAUGGAUACUGUAGAGUUUUUCUGGGAUUACUGUCCCAGAGAACAGUGGAAUUUUACCUUUUAUGAGUUAGAUUUUUCUAAUAGACUUUACUAGUAUUGCUUCCUCUUCUUUUGUCCAUAUAUUUGAAAUCAGAUGCCAAGAAAAGCUUUAUAAAAAAAAUUUCAAUUAUAUGAACUGUUAGGGGAAAAAAUUUGGAGCUACAAAAUGGUAAUUAUCAGGAGGAAACUGAGAAUUGACAACUGGUGAGUGUUAGAUGAAAAAUGUUUAGAAAGUCUGUUUAUUGUAGGUUUAUAAUAAAAACAUUUUCUCUAUGUUCAAUUUCCUCCACUAAAAAUUUGUGAA